UACACUUGUCAGUGCCAAACCAGACGACUGCGGACACACGCGGAACAUACGUCGAUUUCGGAAGACUUUCGCAACAGAAGUCGUCGACAAACAUGAAGGUUGCACUCGUCUUGCUGUUGGCUGUAGGCGCCGUGUGCGCGCACGCGGCUACCUUGAUUGAUGAAGAUGGAGUUUUUGAUUUCAAAGACCAGUACAUCGUCAAAGUCAGGUCCAGCAUACUCAUGAGUAAUUUUUAUCAGCGACUCAAGGAAAUCAGCGAGGAAUUGAAGACGCAGAGCGGGGGUUUAUACGGCAAGUAUGUCAUCGUGUCCAACCUGCUGGCUACCCCGAGCAUGAUCAUCAUGAAGAUGGACAAGCAGAUGCUGAAAAUGGUACUAGCUUGUCCGUUUGUGGCCUACGUAGAGCAGGACGUCUACAAUGACUUCGACCAUAUCGAAAUGUCUGCGGAACGCGGUAUGCCAUCCACGACCUGGGCACUGGACCGCAUCAACCAAGUCACGGCUGAACUCGAUAAAGAUCUAUCAUUUCCCGGUGACGGGGCAGGGGUCAACAUUUAUGUCAUCGACAGCGGUAUCAACCCCGACCACGUAGACUUUGAAGGACGAGCGGUCAAAGUCCACGAUAUUUUCAACCAGACGGGGAGUGACUGUUGCAAACACGGCACAGCUGUGGCUGGAGCAGCCGCCAGUAAAACCUGGGGAGUCGCCAAGAAGGCUAACAUCCUCUCCGUGCGGACGCUGGAUUGCAGAUGCGGGGCUGGAACGAGCCACAUGGCGGCAGCUAUUGACUGGGUGGCUGAGCAUGCGGUACCCCCAUGUGUUGCCACAAUGUCCUUCUCAAGGAAAACCUCGUCUCCGACCAUAUGUGAGGCCGUUCAACGCCUGGCAGAGGCCGGCUGCGUUCCUGUGGCCGCCGCCACUAAUUUGAAAGGAUCACAAACCGACGUUGACGCUUGCACCCGCUCUCCGGCCAAGUCACCUUAUGCCAUUACAGCCGCAUCAACAUCAUGGGUGGAAGACAAAAAGUCGGCCUUCUCCCGUUCGGGCGACUGCGUGGACAUCUUUGCGCCGGGCGAGUUUGUCCGGACCACGGCAGCUAAUGGCGAUUACGAGUGGCGAUCCGGGACCUCCAUGUCCGUUCCCUUGGUGGCAGGAAUUGCGGCGAUCCAUCUGGGCAACGGCGUGCCGGCCGACCAAGUGCGCCAUCGCAUCCUGAGUGACGCGCUGGCCUGUAUGGUCGCGGACGUGGGACCAGGCUCGCCCAAUCGAUUCUUACACAUUGACCCGGCACCGCCGGCAACCGUUGACCCGGAACCGGCAUCCGUUUAACCGUAAAACCGAAGCAGACCUAUCCCAAAGGGCGCCAUCUGCGGUUUCAAUCAACCUUCGAGUUUACCUACCGCCAUAUUUUAAAGAAACAUUGCGACUUUAACUUGCCAAUAACGAUACCCGGGAAUCUGUUUGAAAUCGAUCUGCUGUCUUUUACUAUUUCCAAAAAUUGUUUUAAUGUUAUUCAUCAUAAAAAGUGGAACUCAAUAUUAACAGCAAAUUGCGCCCAUUCUUUAGUUGUGACCGAUCCUAUAUACAUGUUGUAUGUACCUAUCGUGUUCUAGAUUAAUGCAGCCUGACACUAUAAUAGCGCCCUCUACCAGCUUCAAUAAAAGAAAUACAAUAGCCUACAGAUUGAAUUUUACAGUAAAGUCAUUUAAACCAUUAGGAUUUUGAUGUUUGUUUUUGAAGAGCACCUCAGAAACAGCAAAUGUUAAACUAAUGUAUGUCGAAUGAAGCGGAGAUAAUAAAAUAUGUAAGCCAUGACCACUUCAA